AUGGGCGAAAAGGGUCCCAGCACCAACGAUGCUGCGGGCAACGACGACGUCCGCUGGGUAGACUUUGCCCCCGACGACCCGGAGAACCCCUUCAACUUCUCCCCCGCACGUAAACGCAUCAUUACGGCUCUAGGCGUCUUCUUCACCGCCGAAGUAGCUGCUACGGCAGGAGCGUACGUGCAGGGGAUCACAGGCAUGGAAAGUGACCUCAACAAUCGACACGAGCUUAGCUUGGCUGGAAUUUCCCUCUAUGCACUCGGUUUUAGUCUGCCGCCACUGAUCCUCGCCCCAUUCUCUGAGGCCUACGGGAGAAGAAAUAUUUUCCUUGCAAGUCACCUGCUCUACACCAUCUUCUUCCUCUGCGUGGGAUUUGCAGACAAUAUCUCUACAGUUCUCAUCGGACGAUUCCUGCAGGGAGCCUUUGGCUCUACGGGGUCGACGCUCACCGGUGGCCUGCUGAGCGACAUCUUUCAGACUCAAGAUCGUGGCGGUCCAAUGGCGCUCUUUGCCACGGCAGCCAUUGCAGGCACAGGAUUCGGUCCUUUCUGGGCCGGAUGGGUAGCGCAGAGACAGAGCUUGGGCUGGAGGUGGAUUCAGUACAUCCAGGCCAUCUUUACUGGCGGAGGAUUUCUCGCGAUGGUCGUCUUCCUCAGCGAGACGAGGGGCUCCGUGCUGCUUGCAAGGAGGGCGGCGAAGCUGCGCAAGGAGACGGGAGAUCAGAGGUACAAGGCGAGGGCAGAGGAGGAGAGAGCAUCCAUGGCUGUCCUGCUUAAGGUGUCGCUCACAAGGCCGCUCUGGUUGCUCGUGUCGGAGCCCAUCGUACUCUUCUUUUCGCUCUGGAUCUCACUGCUCUGGGGUGUCAUGUUCUCCCUCCUCGAAAGCAUCGGCCUCGUUGCUGCUCUGCACGGCUUCACCGAGGGACAAACGGGUCUCGUCUUCCUGGCCAUCGUCUUCGCCGCCGUGCUAGGCCAGCUCACCAACUCCAUACAGAACCGCCUCUACAUGCGCAACGUCGCACGCAAGGGGCCAGAGGCCAGGCUGUACCUCGCUAUGGGAUCGGCUGUCGCCUUCCCUGUCGGAUGUUUCAUCUACGGCUGGACGUCAUACUCUGACGUUAGCAUUGCGGGGCCGAUCGUGGGCAUCGUCAUUUUAAUGUGGGGAGUGCAUGGAGUCUACCUGGCCGUCUUCAAUUACCUGGCAGAUUCGUAUCUGACCUACGCAUCCUCAGCCCUCGCCGCGCAAUCCUUCUCGCGUAACCUCUUCGCAAUGGCGGUCCCCCUUUUCGCCGAGCAAGUUUACGAGGGCCACCUAGGCUAUCACUGGGCGUCAAGUCUUGCAGGCUUCUUAGGUGCGGCUUUGGGUGUUGUGCCCUUUGUGCUCUUCUUCUACGGAAAGCAGAUUCGGGCCAAGAGUCGCUUUUCUUUGCAGUUACAGAAGAUGGAGAAAGAGCAGGAAGAGAGAGAGGAGAGGGAGAAGCAGAACAAGAGGGCCGAAGCAUGA